GGGUGGUGGUUCAAACUCACAACCCAGCAGUUAACAGAACAGACCCCAGCGACUUCCUGAGCCACUGCCACCCCAACGUCACUAAACAAUGGACAAAAGUUUUAAUUUCUAGAAAUACAAAGUGCCACUAACGAUUUAAAAAUGGGUUGUAUGAUAAAAUGAAACCUACCAGUGUCUGUUGUGCUUUUAUUUUCUCCAAAUACUUGAGUAGUUUCUGUUUUGAGCAAAUUGUUAUCUAAAUAUCAGCCUGACUAAUCAAGAAUGUUUCAAGAUGGCAGAAAAAGCGAGAUUUGAACACAAAGGUGUAACUACCAUAACUUUGUAAAAUCUAAAUUUGGAAAUGUUAUCAAACAUUUCAGAUAUUGUCUCAUUUGAGUGAACUUCUCAAUGUAGUCUAAUCUCCAUCAUUGAUGCCAUAGAGAAGCAACACAUGAAUCUUAUGAGAAUUUGUUCAAAAAUAAUCUACCUAAUUAAUCUUUUAAGCUUUCCUUAUCUGCUUUUUCUUAAACAAGGCCAACAAAUGUUAAAACCUCAAAUGUGAAAGUUCAUUCAAGAACAAGGAAAAGAUGAGUAGAUGUGGCUUGAUUUCUGCUUUGUUUUAACUGCUAUUAAAACGCAAUUUUAAUCGCGAUUUAUUUUAAUUUAAUUUCUUUAAAAAAGAAAAAAGAUUUUGGCAAUUAUUUUAGGAAGGUGACUAUACAAACAUGCGGAAGUGAUUAGGAAGAGGAAGUUCCACCCGCUAGGUUCUUGUUAUUGGCUGAGAGGAGCAACGUGGUUGUCCUAUUGGUUAGUUUUAAUAUGUGCGUCAUAGUUACCGGCGACCUGCAUUGUUUACGUCUACGAUAAAGCCAGGUGAGGGUUGGCGCUGGAACCAGACAGCUUCGGAUCUGUCACAUGCUUUCAUUUUUGCGAAAUGUCAAGAACAGAAGACAGUGGAGCAGUUUCUGUCUGGUUUGAAGAUAAACGUCUGGUAAUAGGGAACCAAUACCUUUUGGGGGGAGGGAGGCUCAAAGAUGUCCGUCUAGUCUGCUUGAAUGAUUUGAAGCCAUUUCAGCGACUCAACUUGAUGAAAGCGCGUGCGGAGUUCCUCCUUUUAACCCUGACGAGCCAGCAUGUCGGACACGGAGAGGUCUCUGUCCGCUGUCAGAAAGCUCAGCUACGCUGCGGGACACUUUCUCAACGACCUGUGCGCUUCCAUGUGGUUCACAUACUUACUGGUGUUCUACCACUCGGUGCUGGGAUUCCAGAACACGAAUGCAGGUGUCUUGUUGCUGGUUGGUCAGAUAGCUGAUGCCAUCUGUACACCCCUGGUUGGCUAUGAGUCAGACCAAACCUCUGGUUGUGGAAACUAUGGCAAGCGGAAGACCUGGCAUUUGGUUGGCACGCUGAGUGUGGUGGUGUCUUUUGCCUUCAUCUUCAACCGGUGCCUGGCCUGUGACCCUAACACUCCUCAGUGGGCCAGCUUAAUCUACUUUGCCCCAUUCAUCAUCAUCUUCCAGUUUGGCUGGGCCGCCACACAGAUCUCCCACCUGUCUCUCAUCCCAGAGCUGGUCACCUGUGAACAUGCUAAAGUGGAGCUCACUGCAUACAGGUAUGCAUUCACUGUCAUAGCCAACAUCACAGUGUAUGCCCUUGCUUACCUGCUGUUCCACGGUCAGGCUGGAGAGGAUGAAGACUCUCUUGGACCAGCAGACACCAACAUCUUCAGGAACCUAUCACUGAUUGUGCUGGGGAUCGGCGCUCUCUUCGCUGCUUUCUUCCACCUGGGAACCACAGAGCGCCCCAAUCACAUAGCCAGCAGGGACUCUGGAGGAGAACGGGAAGAGGAGGCUGAAGGGGAGCGAAGGCCGCUGCUUCCUUCUUCCGCUGUUUCUUCAUCCCUUCUGCAGUGGAAAUGUUGGCUCCAGCAGCCUUCCUUCUAUCAGGUGGCCUUACUCUACAUGUCCACCAGGUUAAUCGUCAAUCUGUCCCAGACCUACAUCUCCAUGUAUCUCAUAAACACUCUAGGCCUGCCCAAGAAAUAUAUCGCUACAAUCCCCUUAGUGAUGUACCUGAGUGGCUUCCUGUCCUCCUUCAUCAUGAAGCCAGUCAGUAAACGCAUUGGAAAAAGUCUCACUUACUUUGUGGGCCUCCUGCUGAUCAUGGCCUUCUCUUACUGGGUGCUGCUGGAUAACAAGAUGGGUCAGCAGAUCUACGGGGCUGCGGUGCUGCUGGGGGCCGGAUCGGCCACCAUCCUGGUCAUAUCCCUAUCCAUGACCGCUGAGCUGAUCUCAGAUCAGACGCAAAGCGGAGCGUUUGUGUACGGAGCCAUGAGCUUCACCGAUAAACUGGCCAAUGGAGUCGCAGUCAUGAUGAUUCAAGCUAUGCACCCCUGCCAUACAGUGGUGUGCUGCCCAGCCUGUGUGUGGUUUUAUCACUACAUCAUGGUCAUAGUGACGGGGGGCGUGGCUGUCGUUGCAGCGUUGGCACUCUGCUCCAUCCUCAUCUGGCCAAUCAGGAUCAGAGCACGUGGCCUGCAAGUCGUCUCUGAUGGUUCCACCUCAGUUAACUAAGAGCCGGAAGGAUCUGCCUUCGCCUUACUGGGAACUCUGGUCUUGCAUGGACAGUAGGGACACUCACAGUUGUUUCUGAGAUUAGUUUCAAGUUUUUCGCUGGAAUGUCUGGGAAAUCCCAGCAUAAGUAAGACUAAAUAUUCCUUAACCUCUACACUAGGCUGACACUUAGUUGCCAUCAUUUUCUAGAAAUGUUUGGUGCAUGAGAUAAAACUAUUAUAUGGGUCCAAUUCAUUGUGUUCUAGAGAUGAGGCCUUCCUUUGAGUGGAAGCAAACACAGCAGACUGUAUGAUAAAUAGGAGUCCAGCCUUUUCCUGUUUUACCUUUUAAACACUAAGAAAGUAUGACAAAGAGAAUAUUUAAAUCACCAGUGCAUUCAGUGGAUAAACCACUACAUCCAGUCCCUCAGACUGGUGGGUAAACGGGACCGGAUCGUGAAACCACGCUACGCCCCAAUGGCACUUCGACAGGACUUGAACAGAAGAGCUGAAGGAGUUCAUCAUUCAUCUUGUAGCGAGGCCACCUACUGUAAUUCCUGUGUUUUUGUUUUGUUUUUGCCUGUGUGUGUUUUUGUUUUAUGCAGGGGAAAGAAAAGUGUGGAUUUUAAAAAAAAUAUUUAAAUCAGUUUGUGCUAUACCAAAAAAAAAUCCUCUAAUGAUCAAACUGAACCUAAAAAUCAUUGUAAAAUGAAACGAAACUUGAAUAGUGGAACUGCAUCUGACUUUGAAAUACUUAAAAGGGAUCAAUGUCUAUUGCAUGUAAUGGAAUAAUGAAGGGAAUCUCAUUGGUGGAGCAGCACAGCUGAACUACGUCUGACUGGGAACAGUGGGAAGAGCUGUUGACCAAACUGAACCAAAACUGAGCUCUGACUUCGGUGACCAUCUAAACUAUUACCUGGUCUGCUUCACCUCUGUAAAAAAUAUUUAAUUGAUGAAGGGAUUAUUGUAAAGGAGCUGAAACAAUAAAACCUGUUUGUGUUUAAA